AUUCUUGUUUCUGUUACAGAUUCUGGAACUGGACCAGCGCCAAGAAUGAUUUUUGGUGGAAGCUUGCCAACAAUGGGUAUGGAGAAAUCCGGCACUAGUGCUGUUGCUGCUGUUGCUGUUGAAACAGCACCAGAUGGUGGUGACAACGAGGAUGAAGCGGAGAAAUUACGUGCUGCGUUGCUGGAGCAGGUAAGAAUCUGUUUAAAAACGGUCUAA